AUGGUGUUUAGGGUCAUUAGUCUCACAUCUGCCUUGGCCAUUGGCAUCAAAGUUGCAUUUGGUUCGGCCCCAAAUAUGAGCCUGUGUCAUGCUAGGGUUCACAUUGAGGUUCUAGGACUGGCCCUGGUCGAAUCGCUUGCCUCCACCAGGGGAGGAAGCCACCCAGACAGUGUAGGAACAUUGGUUUAUGAUAUCAAAUAUGACUUUGCAUUCAAGACUCUUACAGGGGCAAUACAAGUUGAAGAUAAUCCAAUUCAGGGGCAUCUCCAACAACAACAUGACCCUUCUCCUAUCCAAGAAGACGGUUGUUUUAGACUGCCAGAGUCUGGCAUGCCCAACUUUUUCCAUAAUGAUGUUCCAGCUCAAGUUGAUUCACCCGAGAAACAUGUGCCUAUAGAGCAGUUCCCGUUGAAUCCUGCGUUUGUGCCCCAUGGAAAUGCUAACACCAACGCCAACUUACGCGGCUACAGCUGGCUUCGUCCUCAGCAACCUAUCUUGGACCCGAGGACCAGCAACAUCAGACAAGGGUGA